AUGUUGCAACAAAGAAUAUACCAGCCGCAUACACAACUAAGCCGAUACUUGUCACCUCCAAGCAACGCCUUGUCGCGGGCUUUGAUAGAGCAGCGACGAUGGAAGCACGAGGACGUGCGUUCAGCGAAGGCGAGCGUGACAGAGCAGAUGCGCAAAGCCAGCGAGCAAUAUGCAACGAGAGGAGGAGGAAGCAAGCAGCACAACUUACUCGAUCGUCUACCGCAUCUGCACCGUCCGACGAAAGAAGAGCUUCUGGCAGCCGCGACUGGCUUCUGGCAUCGUCUACAGAUCCGGUUCAAGUGGUUCUCCAUACGAAGUGCUCGGCCCUUCAACUCGGACGAGAUAUUUGCCUUUGUCUCCUGGAUCUUCUGGGGUCACGUCAUCUGGAUCAUCAUCGGAACAACGACUUUCGUUUCACUCGGUAUCUGGGCGAUCAACACGGUGUUCGCGCAGGAGACACUAGCUGGAUGGGUUGGGAAUUAUCUGACCAAGUCGUCUGGCGUAAAGAUUGUUUUCGAGAGCGCUAUCGUGCCGACUUGGAGAGAUGGUGUCAUCACAUUCAAUAACGUCUUCGUGUCAAGACGACCGGGUCAACAAGAUCGUCGGCAAAGAUCGGUCAGUAAAGGAUCGUCUACUACAGCAGCAGCUGCAGCAGCAGAAGCAGCCCUUGCCGAAAAGCGGCGAGCAGAAGUCGGUGAGAAAGUGGACGACGGAAAUUACAGCCAGUUUGACGUCACGAUAGACAAGGUCAAUGUCACCCUAUCCUUCACGAAGUGGUUCAACGGCAGAGGACUUCUACAUGAUGUGGAAAUACGCGGCGUGCGAGGAGUGAUAGAUCGCACGCAUGUCUUUCCAACUGGUGAGAAGCGUGAUCCGAAGAGCUACAGACAUGAACACCACAUGGGAGACUUCGAAAUCGACAAUUUCAAGGUGGAUGACGUGCUGCUCACAGUCUAUCAACCGAAAGAUUUCCGGCCUUUCACGGUCAGCAUCUUCAAUUGUGAAUUGCCAAGACUACGAAAGCAAUGGCUGUUUUAUGAUUUCAUGUCAGCUACCAACCUGAGUGGAUCUUUUGACGAUUCGCUCUUCACUAUUCACCCGAGGCAGGUGCAUGGUAUGAGUGGCGCACAGCUUGUCAAUGGAGCAACAGUGGAUGAUGCUGAAGAAUGGAAGAAGCACAGUCGAUUUCGCAUCGAUGGUCUCAGUAUCGACCACCUUAAUCGUGGGGUCGAUGGUCCUUUCUCCUGGAUUCAAGAAGGUAACGUUGACAUCGUCGCCGAUAUUAUGAUCCCGCAUGAUCAGGACGACAGCAUAGCGAAAGUCGUCCAUGACCUCUACGAUCGACUGGAAACCACAGUAACGACAGCAGCACAGCAACAACCUUCCGGCCAUCGUAAUCCAGACGACAACAUCAUUCGCAACGAUCAAGUCGAUGUGAACGAGGGAGCGAAUCAUGAGGUAUCAAGCACCCCACAAGCCGCCGAGGACGAUCGCCUCUUGAUCAUGGACCUCCGUGUCCACCUAAAUGACGUCCGCGCCACCAUUCCCCUCUUCAACAACAAUCUCUCCUACGUCAACAACGCUCUCGUCCGCCCGAUCGUAGCCUACAUCAACGGCCGCCACACUUUCAUCCCCAUUUCCUGUCGGAUCGUGAAGACACACUCCGAAUUCGACGGGUCCUGGACGGUCUUUGAUAGUGGUCUGAUGAACGAUUUGAGUAGGGAGACGUAUGGGGCAUUUGUGAAAGAUAUCCAUGACCAGAGGCAGCAGAGACGGAGAAUCAAGAAGGUAGGGUUUUGGGGAUUGAGCGUUGUUGCGCAGGCUCUGUUUCUGGGCUUGGCGGGCCAGUUGGCUUGA